CUCCGGGGUGAUUCCCGGGGAGACUUCUGCGGCGAUGGAGCCAUGUGGUUGAAUCCGUCAAAGAUCGUCAAGCUUUCUGGGCGGUCAGAAUGCCUAAACGGCAGAGCCAGUCAAAGCCCGGCUUCGGUGGGCCCCAACUCCGUCCCCGGACCUGGACACGGUAGAGAGAGGUCGGACAAUGCGGAGCCGUGGGCCAAGUCUCGAGACUGCUUGCCCCGAAAUGAAACCUCAUGAACUCCAGUACCUGACCAUCGUAAACAGUUUGCUCCUACACAACGGCAGCGUGUUCGGAAAACCCACGGUCCUGAGCAUUCUUUUGGGCACCAGUUUAGUCUGCCUCGCCACAUCCUCUGCUUCACACGUCACCCGAUUCUGGGAAACCUGGACAGAGGCAAGAGUGGGGAGAUGUGUGCCAAGUCUCCACUACAUAUGAUGCAGGUAAGGUUACAUUCGGUCCUUUUCCCAUCAAGUUCAAGUCCAGUACUCC